UGUUUAUCCGGUCGGUCUUGACGGGCGUGACGUUCUCAGACAGACGGGCUGUAACGGUGGACGGUGACUCUGCUGCAGUUUAACUUAUCUAAACAUUUAUUUCCCCCCCGUGUUGUUGUUUAUUUAUCACCGGCGCCGUUUCACCGUCAACAUGUCUCACACCGUCGUCACGACAACAACAACAACGACCAGGGCGUCCGGUGACGGUAUCGUGAACAUGGGCUACACCCGGACCAUCCCGGGACUGCUGAAGAUAGGACAGAUGCUCGCCCUGCUCGUCGCCUUCCUGUGCGUCCACUUGGUUCGGGGUUGGCCCAGCUGGGCCGCCUUCCAGUUUUUUGAGGUGGUGACGCUGUGGUUCCUCAUCGCCCUCAUCAUCUUCUUCCUCAUGCAUCUCUUCAGGCUGCAGGGAAAGAUGCCCUGCAUCAACUGGCCGCUGACGGAGUUCUUUCAUUACUCUGUCGGGACCAUCCUCAUCUUCAUCGCCUCCAUCGUCGCUGCUGUGAAGGCCACAGGAGUUUCAGCGCUGGUGGCUGCAUCGGUGUUUGGGUUCAUAGCGACGUUCCUGAUGGCCGUUAGUUUGUGGACAUCCUACAGUGUGACCUGUGGCCCUCAUCAGACUGGUGCAGCAGUGUAAUCAGCGAUCCAUCGUGAAGGAACCAGAUGUCGACAGUUUGCUGUGUUCUGGCUUAUCUUUCUGCAGAGCGAAGCGCCUGGAUAAGAUAACUUGAUUUGAUUAUAAUUCUUUACUGCAGAGGUAAUUGGAACAGCUGAUCCAGGACCAGCCAUCGUUUUCAGCAUCUGAGACAUAAAUAUCCUCCGAUCAUCACAGUAAAAACCCUGAGAGGACAGUAGUGAACAGCUUUACUCAUUUAUCAUUGAAUCCUAAAGUCACAUGUUCGUGUUAAAGGUGCUCGGUGUCACAUUUUAACCUUCUAUAUAUCAGUAACACAUUCGAUGGAUCUGUAUCAACAAAUGAGUGUGUGGUGCAAACAAUCAGUCACCUGUUGUCAUUUCCCAUGAUCCCUGCUGCUUCCCGCACCGACUUUACCUCCCCGAAAAGGUCGCCAUUUUGGUUUUAUAGAGAUUUUUUUGUUUGUUUUUUGUUUGCUAAGUUUUCCUCUACUUCCACCAUCUGCUGUCAAAGAUUUAGAGAAGCUUUUUGUAAAAGUUUAAGCUGUGUUAGCUCUGAAGGAACAGAGCCCUCUUCCUGUUGUGUGCCAUAAAAAGACAUUCAGACGAUUUCCCUUCCCAAAAACAGCCAGUCACGCAGAUCUGCGUGCCUUUGUAGCAUCUCCUCUGUGGUUUACAGUAGCUUAAAGCUUGAUUUGCUUUGAUUGGUGAUCAAACGUCUCAUCCAUUCCUACUUUUUUUAUUCCACUCAGAGCUCAAGCAGUCUGGACCACGGAUGUAUUAAACUCUUUUUAACUAAA